AGAUUCACCGACUCGCCUUCAGGGGCUUUAGUCCAAUGUAACCAAGAGCCUGGUCGUAUGCCAUCUUCGGUUCCCACCAACGGCUAUAAUCCAACAGCUCAGAUAAGGGUAAAAUCUGCAUCAAUGGCUGUCACCCAGUCCAACCGCGCCUCUUUGAUCUCUUUCGAUGACCCUGUUGGCGUCUAUGUCACAUCAGCCGGCCAGUUGGCAGGAUUGGUUGGCAACAAUAUCGGUUCUGUCGGAGGCGGAGGAAGUGGGGGUCUUAGUCGUGCAACUACCGGAUUCAUUUCGUCCGUACGACGUAAGAUGGACAUCUUCGGCUCAAAAAGACGCUCUUCUACUGCCGCACGCCUUUCAUUUACUUCCAAUUCGGCCACUGACUUUUUCGCCCCACCUGUAAACAACACCAACCCGAAUGAAAGUUUUGCUAUACCUACUACUUCCAUAGGCUCAACUUCCGGCCUUGGUCUCGGUUCACUUUUCUCCGUCUCAACAUCAGCCUCUUUCGAUCCCGCAGCACAAUGUGGCCCUCAGAUUAGAUCUUCCGAAUCUGCCUCCAUUCAAUCUUCGCUUGAUCAAAAUGUCCAAUCAAAGACCAAGUUAAACGACGGACAAUCAUUACUUCGACAUCGUCGUCGACCUUCCAUUGAAUCGAAUCUUACUGGACACGAGUACAUUUCUGAUAGUUCUCCUAUAAAUGUUAAAAUACUUAUAUUCUGCAGCUUUCGCCAUUUUGUACUUGAAUUGCAUGCCAGCCCUUAUGUCAAGUCUAUCAAGUUAAAGAUGCAUUCAUUCUUUCGCUUUACCCCAUCUGGACACCCUAGCUCGCCUUGA